AUCGCCGGUCGGUCUUCCAUCGAUCGAUCCUUGGUUCGGUAGAAUGGAUUCCUCCGUAGGCAGUAGCGCGGGAAGCAGCAGCACCGCCAACAGAAACAGGAUCAGGAUCAGGAACAAGAUCAGUAGCAGCAACAGUAGCAGCAGCAGCAGCAGCAACAGCAACAGCAACAGCAACAGCAACAGCAACCGCAACAGCAACAGCAACAGCAACAGCAACAGCAACAGCAGCUUUAGUAACAACAGCAUUGACAAUAGCAAUAGCAAUAGCAGCAGUAACAGCAAUGAUAACAGCAGUGACAACAGCAGUGACACCAGCAGAAGCAGCAGUAACAGAAGCAGUAACAACAGUAGAAAAGGCAACAGGAACAGUAGCGGCAACAGCAGCAGAAGAGGCAGCAGGAACAGCAGUGACAACAGCAGUGACAACAGCAGUGGAAACAGCAGUGGAAACAACAGUGGAAACAGCAGUGGAAACAGCAGCAGCAACAACAGCAGCGGCAACAGCAGCGGCAACAGCAGCGGCAACAACAGCAGAAACAGCAGAAGGAACAGCAGCAGGACCGACAGCAACAGCAGCAGCAGUAACAGCAGCAGUAAUAACAGCAGUAACAACAGUAGUCACAGCAGUAGAAAGGGCAGCAGGAACAGCAGCGGCAAUAGCAGUGGCAACAGUAGCAGAAACAGCAGCGGCAACAGUAGCAGAAACAGCAGCGGCAACAGCAGUAGAAACAGCAGUAGAAACAGCAGCAGGAACAGCAGCAGGAACAGCAGCAGGAACAGCAGCAGGAACAGCAGCAGGAACAUCAGCAGGAACAGCAGUAGUAAUAGCAGCAGGAACAGCAGCAGGAACAUCAGCAGGAACAGCAGUAGUAGCAGCAGGAACAGCAGUAGUAGUAGCAGGAACAGCAAUAGUAAUAGCAGCAGGAACAGCAGCAGAAACAGCAGCAGAAACAGCAGCAGGAACAGCAGCAGAAACAGCAGUAGCAGCAGGAACAGUAGCAAGAGUAACAGCAGCAGCAUUAUCCACAAUAGCAGCUUCUACGACGGGGAUGUUUUCGAAAGCGAGAGGGGCGGCGGCAACCCCGAUGACACCCUCCACUCGCAGGCUUUCCCGCACUCUGGGUCUGCAUGGAGCACGGGCGGCCGCAGCCACAGCGACACCGAGGAGGGUGCCCGAGAAGGGGUCGAUGAGCCGCCGAUGGUAGCAGGCGCGCUCGGGGGCCCGAGCCCGUCUUUCGCGCCCGGCUCCCGUGGAUCCCCGGCUUCUGUGUCUGCCUCGGCCCCGGCGGCUUCCCCCUCGACCGACGGCCAGGGGUGGUCGACAGGGCGGGGGAGCUCGUCGUUCGCGUCCUCCUCCCACCACGAACGCUUCCGGUUGAAGAAGAGCUCCUCCGCCGCGUCGAGGGAAUGGGACCAGGGGUAUUCCGGCCCAGGGGAAGAGCCAGAGCUCUACACCACAAUGCACCACUCGGGUGGCGAGGGGCGGGAGCGGUCGAGAGACCUAGGCCUACGCGAAGGUGAAGGCGAACAAGGAGACGAGCCAUCGCAGUUCGACGACAAGACUUCCUCCUCCGAAACCGACUUUGGCGGCGACUUUGGAGGGAACUUUGGCGACUUUGACUUUGAUUACAACAGCAACGACGACAAUAGCGACAACAACGACAACAUUAAUGACACCGGCAACAACGACCACAACGAUGACAACAAUGACGACAACAAUGCCAGCAGUAGUAGCGAGCACGGAGAAUACGAAAACAGCGACGAUGAUGGCGAACCACGAGGAGGGGAUUCGAUUUCUUACGAAGAAGAGUCGUACGACGACGGCGAGUUCUCAGACUCGUAUCUUUCGCCGAUCGGGGAAGAGGGUAUUUCUGUUCCUCCUCCCGAGAUCGAAGAUGCUUCCAGCUACACCGGUUCCGGAAGCUAUGGUUUGCCGCGACCGAAGGUGGAUUCGAUCUCGCUCGAAUCAAGCCACGGGGAAACCGACUAUAGCGACAACGGCGGCGACAACGGGACUCUCUCGGAAUCGUAUCUUCCGCCGACCAGGGGAGAAGUCCUCGACCACUACGACGCUGACGACUUUCAUUCUGAGGUCGAGGAUACCUCGAACUUUACGAGUUUUGCGCGGAGCAACACGGAACGGACCGCUACAGAUCGAGACGCCGUCUCGUACGAUGACAACGAAGACGGAUCAGAAUGGGUCUCGCAGGAGGGCGAUAUCGGUGGGUACGGCUCGGAGUGGGCGUCCAUGAGCGGUUCGCUGGAACUCGGCAUCGGCCGGGGGAGGGACCCCUCCCUGAGCCGCAGCCACAGCCACAGCCGCGGCCACCUGGGGGCCGACCGGGCCCCCCACCACUCGUUCCUGUCGUCGGGGGGGCACACAAACCCUGAUGAAGGCAGCGUUUCGGACGAUCCCGAGUACACGACGACCUGGCAGCCCCUGCAGUUUUCGAGCAGCACGGACGAGCAGAUAGGGGACGACGACCCUUCCGUUCGGGAAGGGAGCCCACAGGAAGCCAUCGACGAAUUUGACGACGACGACUUCAACAUUGACGAGGAAGAUUACGAGUACAAGUACGAAGAAGAAGUCGAUGAAGAAGAGGAGGAAGAUGCCGCCGGUAGCGGCCGUAGCGGCGGCAGCAGCAGUAGAAACAGCGAAAUCCAGGCGUCCGAUUCGUUUUUUAGCGCCCUAGAAACGCUUGAAGAACCGCCGCCAAGAACGGAUGGGGGGCAAGAAAAAUCCAAUGUUUCCGGUUCCAGCCGAAGGUUCGAUACUUCCAUCGAUCGGACGAUUUUUGGGUCCGAGCGCAUGUCUCGGCAUGGUGCCGACGAGACUGGCGACGAUGAGGUGCUCUCGGUUUCCGACAUUCAAGAGGAGAAACCGGCCUUUACCUCGGCCUUUACAUCGGCGUCGACCCUGCUUCAUUCGCUGGACCAGAGCGAACGCGGGGCUCCCCUCGAUAGUAGCAAGUCCACCUCGAAUGACAUCCGGUCGGGUUUUGAUGGGCUGGACCGGAGCGACAUUGCGAGCGGGGCACACCCCGAUCCCCUCGACAGCAGCAAGUCCACCUCGAACGAUAUCCGGUCGGGCUUUGACGGAAUCGCCUUUGCGUCCGUCUCGGCCUCGUCGAUCGUUUCAUCGGACCGAACCCCGAGUGCCCUUCUUGGUAGCAGCAAAUCCGGGUCCGGGUCUGCAUCCAGGUCCGCAUCCAGGUCCGCAUCUAGGUCCGCAUCCGUAUCCGCCUCAGCACCCGAAAGCAGCAAGUCCUCCGGCAUAACAUUGAACGACUUGGAGACAAACGCGGCCUCUCCACCGCCGGUGUCCUCGUCCGACCCAACCCAAAGCGCUACCGCCAGCAGGUCGACCCCCGAGUCUCUCUUUGCGAGAAGUAGCAAGUCGACACCCGACUCAUUUUUCGGAAGAAGCAGCAAAUCGACGCCGGACUCGUUUUUUGGUAGGAGCAACAAGUCGACGCCGGACUCUCUCUUUGGAAGGAGGUCCACCGCGACCCCAACCAUCGGUGCCGUCAGCGAAUCGACAACGGUGGAAACCUUCUAUGGGAGGAAGUCGAACGCAUCGUCGUCGCUGUCGGAUCCGGUCUCGGCGGUGGCCCAUGACAGCCUAUUUUCGGCAACGACCCGCACUGAUGCCCCCGACCACAGGUCGGAUGCGAUCCACUCGUUCUCAGCAACGACCCGCACCGAUCGGGAUUCCACGCACCAACACGAGAUUUCUACCAUCCAGGACGCGUCGAGCUCGGAACGGAGGGGAACAACCACUUCAUCGUCAUCGCUCUCGAACCACACCUCGGAGGCGGUGCACGACAGUAGCAAAUCGACACGCACGGCAUCUCGUUCCGGACUAAAGGCCUCCGUGCCGUCCUCGUCGCCGUCCGAUCCCCUUUCGUCGAGCGGUGGUGUCGGUGGGAGCAGCAAAUCCACGAUACAGGACAUCUCAACCAUACCAGAUGCUUCCAGCUCGGAACGAAGGUUCCCAACCUCCUCCUCCUCCUCGUCAAAGCUGACACCGGACCCCAUCUUUACCAUGGUGCAAGAUUCAUCCAGCUCAGAAAAUAAGUACCUGACGUCCACGUCGUCAUCGUCGAACCCACUUUCGGCGAGCGCCGUUGCUCCCGACAGCAACGAAUCGGUAUCGGGAAAGGCGGUGUUUUCGUCUGGGUCGCCGCUCGACUCGCUGGACCGAAUGCUCAGUAGCGAUAGCAUGUCGACGACACUCGAAAACUCCUCGCCGUUCAAGAUGGCUUCCAGAAUACUGGAGGACAUCGAGGAGCAAACCGCCGAGGGACGAAGCAGUGAGGGAGUGGAAGACCCAGACACGAGUGAGAACACAAAGGAGGGAUCGGUGUCUUUGUUGCACAAGCACCAGGAGAACACUGGUCUUCCUUCCUUGCAACGGGACACGCAGAUGGCCUUCGAAAAAGUUGUGGAAACAAUCAUUAGCUACGUUGGGGCCUCGGGCGCGCCACCAAACGUAAGUCCCGAGCAAUCGACGGUGCAAACCCGGGAUCGUUCGGGGGGAACGGACGAUCGAUCGGGACUCUCUGAUCUGAAGUUGUUUCAGAGCAACACCCCCGGUUCCCUGAACCAUUCCGCUACCGGGUCAAGAUCUAGGUCAUCGGAGAGCAGACACCGUAGGGCCGCAAGGGGAUCGCGCCGGCCCGAUCGAUAUCCCAGCGAUAGCUCCACGAGCAGAACCAGUAGAGAUGCUUCAAUCGGUCCCGAGACCCACAGGGAUGCAAGGACUCUGCGGGAUCGCCAAAAGAUCCGGUCUCAAGCACCAAGCACGAAAAGGGACAAGGCCUCCGAACAAGGUUCUCGGGCAACGCCACCGAGACCACCGAAAUCGAAACAUGUCGAUUCCCAAAGGAGUUCAAGAUUAAAACCGCGUUUGCAAAGGCAUUCUUCUAGCGGACCCGUCACACAGCGUCAAAAGCCGCACCCUCCUCGGGCGAGUGCACCAAGGGAUCCAUCGAGACGCCAAUCGGGCGGUUCGAAGAUGGCCAAAAGAAAACCAAUAACGAGGGUCGGAGACUGCUCCCUCUCGAAACCCAGUAGUCGCAGAAGCAGGCCGAAACGACUGCCAAUGGAAGUGGACGCGACGAAAGAAAAUAAGAGAAACAACGAUUUUCGCAAGCCUGCUCGUCGCAAGAGUAAGCCCGAAAGAUCGAGAGUGGAAUUGGAAUUGCUAAGAGACAAGAAGAACAGAGAUGAGUUACGGAAAGUGCUAAACGCGCGUCAGUUCGACAAGGCCGUUGAUCCAAAAAGUCCCAUUGCGGCCUCCUUCCAUUCAAAGGAUCGAAUACCCGACCCACUCUACUUUGGCAAGAGCAUUUCUUUCCUGAAGGAUUGCGACUGUGGGCUCAAAGCGAAGGCUAAAAAAAUCCACUCAACCAUCAACAACGAAGGAUACAAGGCCCUAGUGGUGAGGGCAUACAUCAAACUCUUUGAGGUUCGACCUAGGAUACGGUAUUUUCUUUCUCCUGCAGAAUGGCUUCACGUUCACAUGCUUUUGUUGUACGCAAGAAUUCUUGAUUGCGAACUGCAUUUUUAUGGUAUUGUGCUGCCUCGCGAUUUUCAAAUCACGAUACCCGACACUGUAACGAUUUUUGAGCCGAUAGCAGCGGUCAUUUCUUCCAUAGGAAUCAUCGAAGACGAAGACAUGGGAGUAACGUAUAUUCCCGUCCCAAGAUCAUAUCAAGGAGACCAAGUAUUCAGGCCCCACGACAAGGACGAUGUCACAGAGUUUCUAGAAUGGACCGAUUACGACUGGAAUUUGUCUUGGGAUCAAGUCGAAAAGGGACGCAUUGAACGAAGAAGGAUGGCUGCGGAAAAACACAUCAGGAUACCAACGACCGAUAGACAAUUCGAUUCCACGAAACUUGAAGAGUGGCAACAGCUGGCAGUAGAAAAAUGGCUAGGCUGGGACGAAGACUUAUGGUUUUCCUACAACCAAGCGUGUUUUGUGCUGAGUAGAAUUGCUCAUUUUGUUCCUAAACCUAUUGAUGAACAAAAAAGAGGAAGUUAUGCAUGGUUGCUGCCGCGGCACAUUAACGAUAGAGGUGCUUUUGUUCGAAUACCGAAACCAAAUAUUACCCCGGAUAGCUGGAUGAUUGCUUUGAUGCUUGACAUGUGUGCUCUAGAACAUUCGGCAAUGGCUACGUGGUAUUACGAAACAAACACCGUUGACGAUGUGCAACACACCAUCGAUCGGUUUGUUGAUGCUGCUAUAAAGAUCAUUUCAUGAGACAGUGCGGACACAUGUUUGCGACGAGUCUUCGAAUAAAUUGUUGAGUACAAC